UUAAAUACUGAACAUACAACCAAACAUUGUGUAGAAAACCCCACCCAAUUUUAUAAUCGCCUUUUAUUGGUGGGUGAUCUUUUGUAAAUCCUGUCCCCCUUUUUGUUGGCGAUUGUAAUUGGUCAAUGGUGACGACAAUCCCAACUCACAUUCCCGCCUACCGAGGAGAUCAAGUUUGAAUGAACAACAGCAGUCUGUUCAAGGAGUAGUAGUUGCAAUUUCAGUUUAAAAAAAAAUACUUUUACGUCUGUAUACUUUGUUUAUAAAAUCGGUGGACUGGUUUUCUCAAGAUGGAUAUGAAGAAAAGAAUUCAUCUAGAAUUGCGGAAUCGCACGCCAUCUGAUGUGAAAGAACUGGUGCUUGAUAACUGUCGCUCAAACGAAGGCAAAAUUGAGGGCCUCACAGACGAAUUUGAAGAGUUGGAAUUUCUAAGCACAAUCAACGUUGGGCUGACGUCGGUCUCCAACUUGCCGAAGCUGAACAAGCUGAAAAAACUUGAACUCAGCGACAACAGGAUCUCAGGUGGGCUGGACGUACUGGCGGAGAAAUGUCCAAACCUCACACACCUAAACCUCAGUGGCAACAAAAUUAAAGACCUCAGCACGAUAGAACCUCUGAAAAAAUUAGAGACCCUCAAAAGCUUAGACUUGUUCAAUUGCGAGGUGACCAACCUCAACGACUACAGAGACAACGUGUUCAAGCUCCUCCCCCAGUUGACGUACCUCGACGGCUAUGACAAAGACGACAAGGAGGCGCCCGAUUCGGACGCAGAGGCCUAUGUGGAGGGACUGGAUGAUGACGAUGACAGUGACGAGGUAGACGAGGAGGAGGAAGAGGAUGAGGAUGAAGAUGCCCCACCAAGAAAAGAGGAGGAUGAUGACGAUGAGGAAGGUGAAGAAGAGGAAGAGGAGGACCUAAGUGGAGAGGAGGAAGAGGAGGAGUUGGACGGCAAGGAGAGUGAUGAGGAUAACGAAGGUGAGUGUGGUGGAAUCUCACUGCUGUCACCAAAUGCACAAGGUCACCGUAUCGUGUGUAGCUUUGAUAUUGGGACUGAUUUAAAAAAAAUAACACGUCUACUUAAAAACCAAACUGAAUGCUUUCCUGUUGAACGUGACCAUUGACUUGUUUUCCUAGAAGAGGAGCGAGGUCUGAAGAGGAAAAGGGAUCUAGACGAGGAAGCAGAGGAGGAGGAGGAAGAUGACUGAAGAUGUGCUCACCACCAAGCUAUGUUCUGAUCAGACUGUUUUAACCUUGUACCCCCCCUGUAUUUGUCAGUUGUCAUAUAUUGCAGUAGGCAUGGGUAGUGUCAUGGGCCAGCUGGGUAAAGGGUUGGUAUAAGGAAACAAGUUGACAUUUGAUUUAUUUUUUUCUUAUAUUUUUUUUUGUACCUUUUUUGAUUCCUUGUAUUCUACUCAUAUCUGUCCCCUGCAAACCACUGGAAGGGCAGAAAACAUUUCCUAAAAGUCCCGAUAUUAUUAGCUCUAACCUUUGUAAAGGUUUUGUUUUCUCAGUGAAAUUGAUACCUUCUGUGUAAACAGAUUUCUGAUGAUGAUUUAUGUAUUUAAAGAGAAACUUACCAAAAACCUUUUAGAAGUGCAUGUCUGAAAUAGAUUUUAAAGUCGACUACUGGAUUUGAAGUAUGACAGUUUCCUAUACCCUUUUCUUAUUCACUGUCUUUUUCUUUCAGUGGACAUGAAGCGUUUUGUGGUGUCAUCCGUGUGUCGUUGUAUGUGCUGUUUUCAUCAUGGAACGGGUGUUUGAACGUUCAUAGAAUGGCCUGUAUACAAGGCAUCUUUUUAAGCAGAGUACAGAAUGUCUGCCUUUGUCACAAUGUUUCUCCUUAACCCCUAGCUUUGAUAGUUCGGAAAUGACCUGUUAUUUGUAAAUACUGACCAAAUCUAUUUUUUUUUCUAUUACUCUUUGAUAAUGGCAGACAUUUACACUUAAUUAAUUGUAACAAUGAACUGUAGUAAGAUAUUGAAUAUCUGUGCAGCCGUACCCUAAAAUAGGCUAAUUGAAUCUGGUACACGAUUUCCAUUUUCACCAAAUUAUAUUCACAGAAAUACUCACUGAAUCCAAAAUUGUUAUUGCUGUCCAACUCUUUGAGUCCAUAUUCGUUCCCCACCUAUAUAAUACACCGCUGGGCAAUGUGCAAAGAAAACACCUUUUGCAUUUUCUUUUCUUAAACCAUAGGGCAGUUCAUGGUCAGAUAGACCUACCUCAGUCAUGUUUCCCUUACAUGUUUAACCCACUGUCAUCAAAGCUAAUUCCUUACCAUGAAACAAACUUUUGAUUUCCUCCCUUUCACUUCAAUAAAUAUUUUUUUUUUAUACAA